AUGGUGCCUAUGUCUGUUCAUCACUUGGCGAUCCAAGAAUUCGCUGGCAUCCUACACCACUACCAAGCGUAUACGGAAGGCGUCCGACACCGCAAUACCGACCUACAACAAGUAAUUGAUCAAUUACACAAGAAGAUUGACGAAAUGUCGGAUUUUCAGCAGAAUCAAGGAAAAGUGAUAGAGGCACAAAGAGAACGUGUUCGUAUCUUAGAGUCUGCGCAAGCCGCACCCAGUCCGCUCGAGUUGACCCUAGCCGAAUACGUUUCGACGGACAAUACUCAAUUACCGACGUCGUGCAAUACCACACCAAGUUACGCUGCAGAGCUUGCGCCAAAUAUUCGAAUACCUGUAUCCUUUGCCAAUAGCACUCCCAUUGCUGAAUGA